ACUAACGGACCAAAAUCCCAAUCCUCAGCCAGAGCCACAAUCGAAUCCUGAGCCUGUUCAUGCAGCACAAGCGCGAUCAGAGCCAGAACCUAGAUCCGAAGCUGAUCCAGCUGUUAACAAUGAUGCAGAUCUCAGUGAAACCGCGAUCCGUUCCAACCACACGGUGGAUGCCAACCCUCCGGCGCAACCUCAGCUUCGGAAAGACGAAGGGAACCGAACCUUCACAAUGAGGGAAUUGCUUAACGGAUUGAAGAACGAGUCCGAACCUGACAAAGAAGAUUCCAAUUCUCCCCGCACCCAUCAGAGUCAACAGCAGCAGCAGCAGCAAACACAGCAGAACAACGCUGCAAUGGAGUUGAUAAACAGUGUUGUAGGUGCCGACGAGGAGGGCCGAUCGCGGCAACGGAUUCUCACAUUUGCUGCCAGGAGGUAUGCUACUGCAAUUGAGAGGAAUCCAGAUGAUUAUGAUGCACUAUACAAUUGGGCAUUGGUGCUUCAGGAAAGUGCAGAUAAUGUUAGUCCAGAUUCCACUUCACCUUCCAAAGAUGCUUUACUCGAGGAAGCUUGUAAAAAAUAUGAUGAGGCCACUUGCCUAUGCCCCACACUACAUGAUGCUUUCUACAAUUGGGCUAUAGCAAUCUCUGAUCGGGCGAAAAUGCGUGGUCGCACAAAGGAAGCUGAAGAACUAUGGAAACAGGCAACACGUAACUACGAAAAAGCAGUCCAGCUCAACUGGAACAGCCCUCAGGCACUUAACAACUGGGGACUUGCCCUUCAGGAACUUAGUGCCAUUGUUCCAGUUCGAGAAAAGCAAAAGAUUGUAAGAACUGCUAUCAGCAAGUUCCGUGCAGCUAUUCAAUUACAAUUUGAUUUCCAUCGGGCAAUUUACAAUCUCGGAACUGUUCUGUAUGGUUUAGCCGAGGACACCUUAAGAACUGGGGGAUCGGCGAAUGCUCAAGAAGUUUCACCUAAUGAAUUGUACAGCCAAUCUGCAAUAUAUAUUGCAGCUGCUCAUGCAUUGAAACCAAAUUAUUCAGUUUAUAGCAGUGCCUUGCGGUUGGUGCGAUCUAUGCUACCGCUGCCACAUCUUAAAAUUGGAUAUUUAACAGCACCUCCCGCGGGGAAAUCACUUGCACCUCAUAAUGACUGGAAACGAUCAGAAUUCAUUUUGGAUCACGAAAGGCUUCAACAGGUGCCCAAAGGCGAACAGAGACAAGUGCCUCAAACUCUCGCAGGCAGAUCCACAGAUGCAGCAAAUGGAGAUAAAAAGACAAUCAAAGUAGAUAUAGCAGAUAUUGUUUCAGUAUCAGCUUGUGCUGACCUAACCUUACCACCUGGUGCAGGCCUCUGCAUCGAUACAAUUCACGAACCUGUUUACCUGGUUGCUGACUCGUGGGAAUCGUUAGAUGGAUGGCUCGACGCAGUUCGUUUAGUAUACACAAUUUAUGUACGGGGCAAAAGUGAUGUGCUGGCUGGAAUUAUAGCGGGAUAAAUGUGAAAUUUGAUUUGUUAAACUCAGACUUGAUAGCUAUUUUUUUUUGGGUACUUUUCUCUGCAAACUUGUGUAUAACAACAACAAUGUAUGAACGUUUUUUUGUACAACUGAGAAAUCUGAGUUAACUGAUUAACCGGAUCACUCAACAUUCUAGUUUUUGGCAAUAAAUAUUCUACAAGGAUUAUAACUUAUGAUAUCGAUUCCUUAA